AUGAGCUGUCUCAAGAUUUUGCGGAGCUUAGGGCCCGGCAACAAGUUCUCGACGAGCUUGAGACAAACCAGCAGACGUCAAUUUUCCUCCACGAGACCUGCCGCCCGGGUCAUCGCUUCCCAACCUCUGCGAGCGAAAGAAGCCGAAUCUUUUCCAUAUGGCACCUAUCCGAUCAUAGAUCACGAGUACGAUGCCGUGGUCGUCGGUGCAGGUGGCGCAGGUCUACGGGCAGCAUUCGGUCUUGCCGAAGCUGGUUUCAACACUGCAUGUAUUUCGAAGUUGUUCCCCACGAGAAGUCAUACAGUGGCGGCGCAGGGCGGUAUCAAUGCCGCUCUGGGAAACAUGCAUGAGGAUGACUGGAGAUGGCACAUGUACGAUACGGUGAAAGGUUCGGACUGGCUCGGUGACCAGGACGCAAUCCAUUAUAUGACCCGCGAAGCCCCGCGAUCCGUAAUCGAGCUCGAAGGCUAUGGCUGCCCGUUCUCUCGAACCGAAGAUGGCCGGAUAUAUCAACGUGCUUUCGGUGGACAAUCACAAAAAUUUGGCAAAGGCGGUCAGGCAUAUAGAUGUUGUGCCGCGGCCGAUCGAACCGGUCAUGCUUUGCUGCACACACUUUACGGUCAAUCUCUUAACUACAACACCAACUACUUCAUUGAAUUCUUCGCAUUGGACCUACUUAUGGAGGAUGGAGUCUGCAAAGGCGUCAUUGCAUACAACCAGGAAGACGGCACUCUCCACCGAUUCAAAGCGCAAAACACUGUCUUGGCAACAGGUGGCUAUGGUCGUGCAUACUUCAGCUGCACCUCGGCGCACACGUGUACCGGCGAUGGCAUGGCAAUGGUAGCUCGCGCCGGUCUGCCCAACCAGGAUCUUGAAUUCGUCCAGUUCCACCCGACCGGUAUCUAUGGAGCUGGCUGCUUGAUCACCGAGGGAUCUCGUGGUGAGGGUGGCUAUUUGCUGAACUCUGAAGGUGAACGAUUCAUGGAACGUUACGCGCCUACUGCGAAGGAUCUUGCGUCCCGAGACGUGGUGUCGCGAUCCAUGACGAUGGAAAUCCGCGAGGGUCGUGGUGUCGGACCGGAGAAGGACCACAUCUAUCUUCAGCUUAGCCAUCUGCCUGCAGAGAUUCUCCACGAGAGACUUCCCGGUAUUUCGGAAACGGCCUCUAUUUUCUCUGGUGUCGACGUCACGAAACAACCUAUCCCUGUUCUACCCACGGUGCACUAUAACAUGGGCGGUAUCCCGACCAAAUACACAGGUGAAGUUCUCCGUCUCAACGACAAGGGCGAGGAUGAAGUUGUUCCGGGACUGUUCGCCUGCGGUGAAGCCGCCUGUGUCUCGGUACAUGGAGCGAAUCGUUUGGGUGCCAACUCUCUGCUCGACUUGAUUGUCUUUGGGCGGGCGGUCUCACACACCAUCCGUGACAACUUCUCCCCAGGCCAGACACAGAAGGAGCUCGCCGCCGACGCUGGCGCGGACUCGAUCAACGUCCUGGACAAGAUCCGAAACUCCGAUGGCCCUAAGAGCACGGCAGAAAUUCGUGCUGCGAUGCAGAAGACCAUGCAGACCGAUGUCAGCGUCUUCCGAACACAGGAGUCCUUGGACGAGGGUGUGAAGAAGAUUACCGAGGUCGACCAGAUGUUCGAUAGCGUCGGUAUUAAGGACAGAAGUAUGAUCUGGAACUCGGAUCUCGUGGAGACGCUCGAGCUGAGGAAUUUGUUGACUUGCGCAACGCAAACGGCAGCCGCGGCGGCCAACCGCAAGGAAUCUCGUGGUGCUCAUGCCCGUGAAGACUACCCUGAUCGUGACGACGAGAACUGGAUGAAGCACACCCUUUCGUGGCAGAAGUCGCCGCACGGCAAAGUCGAGUUGGGUUACCGGGCGGUCACCAGCCAUACGCUUGACGAGAACGAGUGCAAGUCUGUGCCGCCUUUCAAGCGAACAUAUUAA